GUAGAUCACAGAGCAUCGGACAGUGAGCAGUAUCGCUGCGUUCGGCAACAUCGAGUCACAGAUAUUCCAGCAGAAAAUCAGCGCCCGUUGAACUUGAAGAAUGCUAUCGGCGUCGAGAUUGGCACUCUCUGCCGUGUGCAGGAACAGCCAAAAUGCCCUUCUCAGGACCAACCCCUGUGCGCGUAAUUUCACCCAAAGGAGCCGGCUCGAGAAAAUCGUGGAGAGACGAAGGAGUCUCAAAGAGGUCGUCGCGAAACCCGCCGGGUCAACGGCGUUCGAGAUUGGCAAAGGUGCCAUCGCUGGAGGCUCCUUAUUCGGACUGGGAGCUCUCUGCUACUACGGCUUGACUUUCGAGCCAACCUCGGUGAGCACCAGAGCGGCGAUAUGGCCGGAAUACGUAAAGGAGCGAGUCCGUACGACUUAUGCCUACUUCGGUGGAGGACUGGCGAUCACCGCUGCAUCGGCUGCGGCCAUCUUCCGAAGCCCUGCCGCCAUGAACCUCGUCGCGCGAAACUCUAUACCCGCGAUGAUCGGCAGCAUCGUCCUCAUUAUCGGGUCGAAUAUACUUGUGCACAGUUUGCCCUAUGAACCGGGACUGAACGGCAAACAACUGGCCUGGGCAGGCCACAGCGCUCUCAUGGGAGCGAUGGUAGCACCGCUCUGCAUUCUGGGAGGUCCCCUUCUGAUGCGGGCGGCUUGGUAUACCGCCGGCGUAGUCGGUGGUCUCUCGGCGGUGGCUUGCUGCGCCCCGUCGGACAAGUUCAUGAACAUGGGGGGUCCUCUGGCCGUAGGUCUCGGAGUCGUCUUUGCCUCAUCGGUGGGGUCCGCGUUCCUUCCGCCCACGACCGCAUUGGGCGCCGGCCUGUACUCGAUGAGCAUGUAUGGAGGUCUCCUGCUAUUCAGCGCUUUCCUGCUGUACGACACUCAGAAGAUCAUGCGUAGAGCUGAAACUCAUCCGCAGUACGGUGUCGUUCCGUACGACCCGAUCAACAACUCAAUUUCGAUCUACGCUGACACGUUGAACAUCUUCAUCCGAAUCGCUAUGUUGCUCGGUGGAGGAGGAAGCCGCAAGAAGUGAUCCGUUGGGAGGGAAUUCCUCGGCACCCGUGCGCGCGGGCUGUGACGGGAUGUUCCCCUAGUGUAUAGGAUAUCCAUGCAGGAUAGUCACUGUGUACGUAAAUAUUUAAGGUCGGGAAAUAAAAAAGCUCACGGAGCAUCGGAACGGCUGUUAUUGAAAAAAAA